AAGAUGUACAUACCAGUAACAAAGAGUUGUGCGGUGCGAGGAGCAGGAUGUCCCGGGGACUACAAGCGGAACAAUGCUACAGCAAACAUGCUCUUAGAUAUGGGCGACGACAAGCUCCAGUCCGCUAUCCAGAAACAGAUAAGCCACAGAAGAACGACCCACAAGCUGUCCGAGCAGAGAAGAAGGAAGAUAUUGAACAGCAGAUUUGAAGAUUUGAGAGAAAUAGUGCCAGCAUGUAGAGACAGUUCCCAUACCAAACAAACCAUCCUCAGUAAAGCACUGCAGUACAUAGACCAGAUCAUGAAGAAUCUCACGUGUCAAGAGGAUACUAUGAUGGUGAUGAGUAAGGAACGAGAGAGACAGGCGGACCUUUUGAGGGAACACCAGAUGUGGCAGAGAAAGAUCGAGUAUUUGAGGAUGAAUCAGACAACACGAACGAUGCAUCAUUUCAACAUGAUGGUACCUAACAUGAACCAGAUGAACAUGCCUAAAAUACCCACAGAAGCAAUGUGAAAAACUGAGAGAUCACAUAUUCUAAUACAGAUAAAUCCAGCUCGCAGUGCAGCAAUCAGAUGAACGAAGUACCUUCUUAAAUGACCAAGGACCAGAUAUGAUCAGGCAUGAUGGACUUUGAAAAAUUCACACUAUUAAAGAAAAGUAUAGGUUGUGACCUUGACUGUUUACAUUGAUAAAGAAUGUGUUCAGUAAUGUUUGAAGUGAUUUAUAUUUGUGGAAACAUUCACCAAAUGAUGUCAUAGCAAAUUAUGAUUAAAUCUAAUUCAGUUCACUCUCCUAAAUCGAUCAUGCCUAUAACAUCUCCGAUUAUUGCAUGCAUGUACUUUCUUUAGUACAUAAGAUUAUAAGCGGACAAUUAAUAAUAAUAUAAACCAGUCAUUAUUCAGACAUCCUAUGCGGUUUAGCCAUCAUUGCUUUAGGGGUCAAUCGAACAAUGAUCUCGAUGCUAAUAUUUUGCACCGAUAAGUUCACAGCUAGCUUUGACUCUCCAUUUUACUUCAAUCGUGAAAUGUAAAAUUAGAUUUUGGAGGAUAUUAGAGGUAUUGGUAAUAAUAUUUGUGAUAUUUAUAUUAACAAUUCUGAUAUUUGAUGAUAACU